AUGAAGGCCGUGAAGGCGGCCAAGAAGACCCUGCGUGCAAUGCUGCCUCACAACUCGUCUCAAAGCGCAAAAGCCAAUGGCGAACUCACCGUUUCUAUGCUGCAGACGGGAAUCACCGACGAUGCAGACGACAGAGCCAUGCUCAAUCGGUGUGGCGAAGAACAAUCUCAGGCGCCAAUCCACGGGGAAUAUUCCUUCUUCGAAUGCAGCCGGGUGUGCGUCCAUUGGCGCCAGGUCGCGCUGAACACACCUGCUCUCUGGUCCAAAGUCAACUUUUCCACCCCCAAAUGGGUGCAAAUAUGCGUCCGGCGCUCCAAAUCCAGCCCCCUCAUCGUGGAAUGUCAUUUGACCGAUUUUAUCCUCUCUCGCAAACAGCCAACAACCCCGCAACGAGUCGGCGCCGUUUUGGAGCUCGCGAAGCCGCGUAUAAAAGAGAUUUUCCUCUACAGCCACGUCUCUGACGAUUCCCUAUUACGAGCCCUCCGUGGGGGGUUUCCGCUGCUCACGAAGAUGUCGAUUACCGGGAUAACUGCAUAUUCCACGUCCAUUGGCCACAACCGUGAACUGCUGUACCCCAGUCUUCGGUUCCUGCAUCUAAAUGCGCCCAUACCCCUUCUAUACCACACAGGCCCGAAGCUCCGCAGUCUGAAAAUCGCUUGUUAUAUCGACAUGUUACUACUCAACGCCCUAUCUGUCCACACCAACCUCGAAGAGCUCACCAUCUAUCUCUUCAAAGCCUACCCAGACCCAGUACUCCCCGAGCACCCGACACUCCUUCCAAAUCUCUGCUCAUCUGCGCGCUCUCCCUCCCCAAGCUCACUUGAACGCUGCUUUAUGCAGUAUUGGCAACAGCCAGCUUCCGCCCAAAGCGACGUCAAUGCCGUUCUCCGGACCCACUUUCCGCCCACAGCAUCUCAAGUUAGCCUCCGUUUCCACCGCGAGGAGUUUGGCUUGGCCUAUACUGCGAAAAAUGUCGACAUCGGCCUACGCUUCUCCUCCCAGGACGGUUCAGCCAACAUCGGCCAUCGCGAGCUCGUGUUCGCCUGGCACGAAUACCCCCUGGUUCCAACCGCAUUUUCCGUCAGCCUUCCCUCUCUGCCAACUACAAGCCGCGAUAUGCCGUUCGCACGGAUAAUGACCUCCGUCGAGACAAUUGUCCUGGAUAACUGGGCCUUGGCAUCGGGAGAAGAGACUUUGCUUUGGCAGGAUAUACUUUCGUCGUUGCCGGCGUUACAUUCCAUCAAGCUGAGGCGGUAUGAGGAGGGACAGAUUCAGAAGUGGAAUGAGGUUGUAGCCAGCAUUCCAGGCAGUGAUGCUGUUGCACUCGACAUGAUUGCUUUGGGAGACACCUUGGACUGGGAGGACUUCAAAGAAACUUCAUGA